GUUUCUUUUCACGCUCUCUUUUAACACGCUAUACCCUAAUUUUUCCCAAACAGCCCAAAAACAGCAACAAAAAAAUAAAUAAAAAUCCAUUCACAACUAGCCAAACCAUACAAGUUAGUAGUAGUAGUAGUAGGAUCCCAUUCUCACAUAUAUUUUUUCCCUUUCACUUUGGUUUGCAGUCUUCUCUACCUCUGCUUCUUUGUCCCCUUAGUUCUUCAACCUUCCAAUGGCAAUGAUUCAUAUCUUCAAUUCCUAAUCCUUUUUUUUAACAGUUCCUUUACUUAAAACCUUCCAUUUGAUCUGGGCUUUCCUUAUUUUCCCUGUCAGAUCAAACUUGUACCAUUUGUAUGUCAAUUUUUCAUUCUCUUUUCUUCUGCCGUUAACUUAUCUUCUGGGUUGUAGCGUUUAAAGCUCAAAAGAAUCAGACAUAUUAGAAAAGAAUAAUCCUCUUUCUGUGCUUUUUAAUCUUUUUUGUUGAUUGGAACAGUGAUAAGAUGUGCUGAGAAGUGGGUUUGUGGUUAAAGAUGCAAAUGUUGGCUGUUUUUGUUCAUUAUUAAGGCUGCUUCAGUUGGUGAGUCUCUUCUUAAGGAUAAGUUAUUCAGUGAUUUUAGGGCAAAGAUUUAAUCUUUAUACCUUGUCUUUGACAUGGUGGACUAAUCUCUGAAUGAUGUAAAUUGUUAGUGUGGGUUUUUUUUUUUUUUUUUAUUAUGUGCAAGUAAAGUUGCUUUCUGUUUCUUAUGUGUUUAAUGAGGAACUUCUUAUGCCUGAGAAUAAGGUUUAAAUCUUGGAAAGAUCCAUCCUUGUUUACAGUUUUAGAUGUGAUGGUUAAAUUGGAUAUGCUAUGUAUUGAUAUAUAUAUAUAUAUAUAUAUAUAUAUAUAUAUAUAGUUUUCAUGGGUAAGUGUCGUUUUCUUAUUCAUUCAUUUGUCUUUCAGCUUGUUUCCAUAUCUGCAAAAUAUUGAAACGAAAUUCUAGUAUGGUUGUUUCUAGUUUUCCUUAUUUUAUAAAAUUUCUUCAUUAGGUCUACUAUGGUGAAAACUGGAAGAAUGCAUGGAUCCUUUUGCUUGUGAGCUGACAAAGCUUUUGGGUUUGGCGUGUAGUUAAUGAUAUAGUUACUUUUUGGCUUAACAAUCUUAGUUGGAGAAUGGGUAGAGGAAGAGGAAAGGGUAAAAAAUUGAAUGCCGCGGCUCGUGAAGAUGCUGGAAGUGGUGAAGAGGAGAAAUUACCUGUCCGGAGAAGAGGAAGGCCACAAAAACCAUUGAAAGAUGAUCUUGAGGAAGAAGAAGAUGUUGAAAAGAUAGAAGAAGAGGAUGACAGCGAAAGCGCAAAGAGCUCUGUUUUGAACAAAGAAGGUAAAAGUCAAGCUGGCCCAGACAAUGGUCGGAAGAGGAAAAGGCCUUCUUCACAGGUCAAGGAAAGUUUAGAUUCUGUCAAAGAAGAAAACGGGAACAAGAACAAUACUGAUGCAAUGAAGACUACUGGAUUCAGACAAAAUGGCAGCAGAAGAAAGAACAAGCCACGCCGUGCUGCUGAAGUUGGUGUGGAGUGCAAAUGAAAUUUUGUUGCUUAUUAUUGAGAGAGCAUAGAGCCUUUUGUCCAUUUGAUGAGCGUUUUUGUUCAUUGAAAUGUUUACUCUAUGAUUUGCCUUGUUUAUCAUUUUAAUGUGUAUGGUAAUGUCAACUAAAAAAUUCUUUAUCAACUGAUGCAUUGUUCCAAAGUUGGGGUGUCUUUACUUUUGCCAGAGUGGAGAAUCAGGUAUCUGGCAAAACCCCUCUUGUUUUCUUUCUCUUCGGAGUCCCCUGGUUAAUGUCGAACCUACUCUUAAAGAAAUCCUGUUGAACGGCAUCUUUUGGUCAGGCAGAGUCCCUGUUAUUGAAGAUUGUUAAUUUCCGGAGUCAGUAAAACAAAAUAUAUCUAAGAUAAUCCAGGUGGUUGGCUUAAGCAGAAAAGUUUGAGAAGGACAUUGCAAAUGUUGAGUUGCAAACGGGAUUUGUUGCGCAAAGAUCUCAGGUAAAGUACCUGUGCUCCUUCAGCUUUUAGUCUCAGAUGAUUUCAUUGCAAAGUUUAGCUAUGAUGUGUGAUGUAGGAACUUAAUGAGCCAAAGCUCCUAACAGCAAUUUAGGAAGUUUUGUGCUAGUUUUUUCAAAGUCAUGUUGCAGUAAGGAAGGUUGUGCUCAAAAACAACUGAUUAAGAUUUGUUUACAAAAUUUUAUUCUAGGUUUAAAUAUUCUGAAUUAGCAGGUGGCGCCAAUCUGUUAUCUUUCGACUGAAAAUAAAAUAAAACUUGUUAGUAAAUUGCAUUCGAACAUUUUAACAUAAAACAGGCUUUCCUCCUCUCAUUAGCAAGGGUAGAAGAAUGAUUAUAAUCAAAUAAUAUAUAUAUUCCAACACAUCAGAUCUGUCAAGAUUACCAUAGCAUCCUAUUCUUUCUCGUCAUUCAUGCAUUCUUUUGAGGCUGUGGUAUCGUGUCAUUCUUGUCCUUUCUUGUGCCGAGUCUCUUUAUUAAACAACAUUUGCAUAGGCCAUUCUAGCAACAUGUGAAGGGCUUCAUGUACUUUUUGAUUGAAGCAAGGUUUACUGGCUGCACUUCCAUGCGUUCAAAGGUUUGUUAGUUUGUUGUUUGCAAAAAAGUUUGUCCUAAGGGAUUAUUUCAUCACAGGAUUGAUUUCUCCUAUGUUCAGUUGAUCAUUUGUUGCAUGUAUCUUCGCCCAAGAUGGAAUGAUGAUGCAUUUGAUCCCGGGCCAGUCUCAAUCAUGUUUCUAAGUUCUAUGCACUUCUCCUCUGUUAGUGGAUCCAUAUAUAUCUGUUACAAAAGAAGACAUAACAUACAUGCACCAAAACAGACAAAGGUGUAGUUUUUCUGCAAAGAUUUAUGCACGAUUUUAGGGCCUUGGUUUUUCUUUCAUUUCUAGCCGUUUGCUGUGAUUUUUUCCGGAGUACUGCAGAUAUACCGUGUAUUUUUGUACAAUAGAAUGAGAUGCAAGCUACCAUUGAUAGCAGCUGGGAGCUCAUAGGGUUUAAAAUCCAUUAGCAUUUUUUCCUUCCAAUCUCGUGCACUUGAAAUUUUGCUAGUGAAUACUGAAUAAUUUUUUGAGUUCGAUCUCCGUAGCAGAUGAGCAAGACAAUGUAAUGUAGCUUAAACAUUAUUCUUCCUUUCGGGACUGAAGGAUUACCUUCUUUUCACUUUUCUCCGGUGGAUUGCAGUACCGAAACUCAAUCCCGAGGCUGAAACAUGUACAUUAAGUGUUUUGCCCGUCAUGGUCCGUGUCCAUUUGGUCUGAUGCUUUGAAUAGAUGUGGAGUUGCAACUUCUCCUGUCAUUUUCAUCUUUUGGUACACUGGAAUUCCAAAGUAGAAGAAAACAGAUGAAUUGCACGGUUUUCUUUAUCCUAUCUUGACUUUCUGUUUUGGCCAAUGAUUAGGUUAUCAAAAAGGCUCUUGGCAGCUAAGGGAAUUUACUAUUACUUGGAGUUCCCCUUAAUUCAGUUUGUUUCUUCUCUUUUACGUCUGAUCUGUUUGCUGGCUCUUGUAUGGAGGUGUUACGUCCCAAAAAAAUUACUCCUUUCGUCCGAAAAUUAUAAUUCAGUUUGGAUUUUCAUUUUUAAU